AUGGGGACUCGGUCGUCCUUCUCUGCUCGAGUUGCCCCCACCCAAUCGUCAAAUGCAGAAAUCCGACUGAAUGGGUCGGCCUCUAAGGUCAGAAGGCCUCGAACAAACUGCGCCGAGCAGGAAUAG